AUGUCCACCACCCACCCACCAAGCUAUCGGGUUUGGGAUUGGAAUCCGGCAUACGUAUCUGCGCAGCACGCGCCCCACGCGACCGUGGGUAAUCUACUUGUAAGAUCUGCCUUGGUGGUCGGUUUGGCAAACCCAGAACUCAUGAAGCAGCCCUACUGGGCGGGAUUUCAUCCGAAUGAAGGGCUCAGCCACUCGGAUCCCAGGUGGGCGGCACGCAAGGCCAUGUCCAAGACAAGGGAGGGCGAUGAAGACGGAAACGCUAAUGCUGGGCUUGUUAACCACGCCGACGGUUCAUUUGGUGGGUAUCUUGCUUGGCAGAAUAUUUGCUUGGCCAAUGUCUGGAGACAGCUGGUGCUGCGUAGCGAUGUCGAUGACAUCGUGCUGGAGCUCUUGGGUCGAUUCUCUCUCGAGAGGCUCUACGCGAGCUCUGCCGACCGCGAAGCAUACCAGCACCUGGUCAUUUCGCUCCUCGUUCAGCUCAAGGCCAUCUUCGAUCUCCAGCGUCUGACGAUACCAGCAGAGCGCGAGCAUUCCCAUCUUAGCUGGUACCUGGGCUUCCUUGUGAGCUGGGAAGUUGCUCUCCGCUCAGUCGAAUUUGUCCUCCAGAUUAUCAUCGACAGCCGUGAGAGUCUCUGGGCACACCGCGAACUACGCGACCGGUACUUGGCCGAGUUUCUUCUCUCCGCCCUCCGGGUCCUUACGCUUCAUCCUAAAGCCCCCACCAACCAACGGUCUAAAGACCGACGUGAGCGCUUUGCCCGAAUACAUGGCGCCAUCGAGCAAGUAUACGACAGUUAUCCCGGGCCCAAGUCAUUUCUUCUGGAGGUUUGCAAGGAGGUUGCUGGACAGCUUCAUGCCGACCCAAACAGUCUUGGUCUUCCCGCCCCUCUCAAGUCCGAACUACCAAAUGUGACAAAAGAACUGUAUCCGCUCCCCCCCUGUCUGCACUCGAGUUCCAUCAGUGAGCUUGUGCCAGCCAGCGGAUUCGGGAACUGGCUAGUGCAGUUCCUUGCGUUGAGGGAUGUCUCGCAGUUCGUAGUGGCCGCUUGGAUCCAGUAUCACGUCAACAGGGAGAUGAGGGAUGUGCGCCUACAUGCUUCGUCCGCUCGUGCUCGCAAUGCCGUCCUCAGCGCUCUGAAUAACUUGCGCCUGCCCCCAAACUUAACCAAAGUUGAUAUGGUAAUCACCUUCAGUACUACCUUUCGUAUUAUUCUACCGGACACACUCGACCUCGCGCGCCACAAUGCUCCUGGGCCCCGGAUCGACGAAUGUGAGCUCGACGCGCUCGACGCCCUAAGCAACAGGUUAAGAGAACGACAGGUUGUCUACCGCAUAAGCGAUCGCGAAAUAGCCCAUAGCCUAUCCCAAGUGAUUGCAAACAUCGCACUACAAGAUGACCCUUCUGGCCGCUAUACCCCUGGUACACGGCCAAGCCUUUAUGCCCUCAAUUGUCCUAGUUGUCAUCUAGUUGGUGCUUCGCAGUUGAGGUCUUCAGGCAUCCAAGUGCCCAUGAGUACGCCAGAUUCACCAGAAAUCCGUCUUCCUCCUCAGUCAAGGUGUUUGUACUGCGGAGAGGGCGUCACUCUGGCCCGCGAGGUGACAAUUGCAAGGCAAACCUGGGAGUUGAUUGAACCGUUGCGGCCCGAUGCUGAUACAAUCAACGUUGAGCGACACCUUCGCCCUCCAUUCCAGAUGUGGCCACCAAAAUUGGAUCCUUCUGGUAUGGUGGUUCCUCCGACAACCAGUAGUGGCAUUGUCACUUCGGGAUACGAGAUGGUCAAUGGGCCAUUGUCGUCUCUUAACCCCCCUGGAACCCAAAUUCUUGCAAGUCCAGCAGUUGACCAGCCCGGUUCCAGAAACGCAGGGGUGGUGGUUCAGCCGGUGUUCAACGACCGGUAG